CUCCUACCAUCUUCCCAUAUACACCGCAAAUUCACCGAAAUAAAGAGAAAAAGGGUAAACCAAAAUAACUGAAAAGACCUCAAAAUUUCCGAACAAUCAAAUACUCCCAGAUAGAAGAGGAAAGACGUCUCUCAUUAGGUAGAAACAGAGAUCUUUAAAUUGCAGAGAUUGAAACUGCAGAUCAUAAAGAAUGUCAGAAGUUAUAAAAGAUUCAGCAAUCAAACUGUUUGGUAAAACCAUAUCGCCAGACAUCCUCUUUCCCGAUGCAUCACUUUCUCAGCUCACACAAUCUUCCUUCACAUCAUCAACCUCUCCUGAUAGCAGGGAUGAAUCGGUAGUUGAGUCAAACGAAGAAAAGUCAGGCGAGGAUGAAAAGAAGGAGGCGGCGGGGAAGAAGCCGGAGAAGAUAAUCCCGUGCCCGCGGUGCAGCAGCAUGGACACGAAAUUCUGCUACUUCAACAACUACAACGUGAACCAGCCACGUCACUUCUGCAAGAAGUGCCAGAGAUACUGGACAAGCGGCGGCACCAUGCGAAACGUCGCCGUCGGAUCCGGCCGCCGCAAAACCAAGAACUCCCCCAACUACCACGGCAUAGUGGUUUCCGACGCUGACGCCUUGCUUUUCACCCCUCAUCACGGCGGCUUCCCCUUCAGCUUCUACCCCGCCGCAUUCUACUGCAGCUCGGCCCUCGGGAAGCACUCGCGCGAUGGGGUUUUGGUGCCCAGGACGCUCAGGAUUCAUGACCCCACCGAGGCGGCCAAGAGCUCCAUAUGGAAGACUCUGGGGAUCAAAAAGGACGGCGCGGGCAUGUUUGUUGGGAGGAGAGGCGUUGCUAAUGAUACUACGGCCGUGGCGCUGCUGCGGGCGAAUCCGGCGGCCUUGUCGCGCUCGCUUAACUUCCAUGAAAGGGCCUAAACCUAAAGUUUGGUUUUUGGUCUUGUCAUAUUCUAACACUAGAUCAUAUUGUCUGAUUUUGGGGAUUUGAUGAGUUUAUAUAUAUAUAUGGGGUAGAAUUUGCAUAAUGUAUUAAGGUGUUUUAUAUUCUGCUUGUACAAGAGUUUUUGCUAACUUGAUUAAUUAGAUGUGGUAAAUAAGAAUUAACUUGUAUGAAAUGUAGUACUAUAUCUUUCUGUAACUUUGGAAAGCAAAUAAAUCUUGAGAGUUUUGUA